AUGAUCCGUGGAAGAGUCUUGGUAGUGGGGUGUGGAGGAAUAGGAUGUGAAUUGCUGAAGUUGCUAGCAACAAAGAAUUUAGAGAGUAUAACAUUGAUAGACUGCGAUAACGUUGACCUUUCAAACCUUAACCGGCAGUUUUUCUUCGGUAGAAAAGACAUUGGAAAAAGUAAAGCAAUUGUAGCAGCCAAAGUUUUUAGGAAAAUGAACAAGAAAUGUAAAGUCUUUCCAAUAUGUGCAGACAUCACAGAAUUUGAUGCAAGGUUUUUUGCAGAGUAUGAGACAGUCUAUAGCUGUUUGGACAGUAUCGAAGUACGAAGUUAUGUGAAUCAAAGAUGCUUUAUCUCAAAAACACCCUUGGUUGAUGGAGGAAGCGGUGGGUUCAAGGGCCAGGCGUAUUAUUUCGACUACAACUCGGAAUGUUUUGAUUGCAUUCCAAAGAGGAUUUCAAGAGAGCAUCUGGUGUGCACGAUCCGAUCAAGGCCGACCAGUUUUGAACAUUGCAUUUCCUGGGCAAAGUACGUGUUUCUCGAAAUGAAGUUGAAGGUAGACGGUGAACAAGACUUUUAUCCAAGACAUCUGAAAGACAUUAUAGAAAAUUGCGAAGAUAUGUCGACUCCAGGCGAGUUAGAGAAGUUCAGAAGCAGUGAAGACUACAAAGAAAAAACCAAGAAAAUAGUCGAGAUUUUAGGAAGUUCGGAUCUCAUCUCGUUUGACAAAGACAAGAGAGAUGUUUUGGAAUACAUUUACAAUGUGGCAUACAUAAGAGGAAUGUGUGCAGGAAUCAAACCCUUAUCCUUUGACGAUGCAGUUACGAUAGCAGGGAAUAUAAUUCCGUCUUUGAGCACAAUAAACUCAAUAAUCGCAUCCCUGAUGAUCCUAUCUGUUAAGAAUAAGUGCAAUUAUUACUGUGUCGACAAUGGAAAUAUCAUCCGAAAGCUAGAGACAUGCGAAAGAAAUCCGGGAUGUCGUACCUGCUCCUAUCAUUGGUAUGGAGUUCUUUACGAUGGGACCUUGACUUUUAAAAGAUUGAUGGAAUGCUUUGAGACGCGCAACUUGAAGCUAAUUGCAUAUUCCGAUAAAAGAUUGUUCUUUACACCGGAUAUGGCAGAAUACCUAGACAAGGACAUCGAGUUUGAAAACAACAACAUCGCAGAGGUUGUAUGCAUGGGAAGAAGAAAAAGAAAAAUAAGGGUCUUCUUAUAUUUUCUGAGGAGAGGAGAGACAUUGUAUUUUGGGAGAAUACACAGAGUUGUAUACGGAAGACGACGAAAAUAA